UCUGAUGUUUGGUUCUGGUGGGUCAGAUGUCUGGUUCUGGUUCUGAUGGGAAGUUUCAACCAGAACACCGAUCGGAUCUGAAGGUUCUGAUUGGCGGCCCGGUUCUGGUACCUCAGUCACAGGGUUUACUGAUCUGCUAAUCACCAUGGUAACGGCUGGAGGAACCUCAGAGUUCUUAUAGUUUGGACUUUGGGUUUAUUCAGAACCAGAACCGGGUUCUGAACAGACCCACAGAACCGGAUCAGAUCAUUUCAGUUAUUGAUCCAUAAUUUAAAGAGUUCCUUCAGAACCGGUUCUGCUCAGAUUGGACCCGACUUUAAUUUAUUAUUAUUUUUAAUGGUUUUACAGAACCAGAACCGGGUCUGCUGAUAGUUUUAAUGUUACAAAACUCUGGGUUCAGGUUCUGUCCGGGUUCUACUUCGGUCCGAAUCAGGUUCUGUUGUGUAACCGGGUCAGAGGAGUGGUUCUGGUUUUAUAACCAGAUUAAAUUCCGAGCGGGUUAAUGUGUAACCCGGUUCUGGUUGGGAAGUGGAUCAGAACCAGCUGCUGGUUAAAGCCUGAGCUCUGCUCAUGUCUGAUCGCUCGGGUUCUCCAGAACCAGAGCCGGUCCAGAACCUGGGCCGGCUCUGGGUCGGGUCUGAGACCUGACCCGCCAUUUGUUCCUGUGGGCCCGGUUCUGUUUCUGGUCCACUUCAGAGCGGGUUGGCGCCAAGGUUCUACUCGGCCAAUCAGAACCCAGAGCAUGGAUCAGAACCAGCUGAAAAAGGUUCUGAUAGUCUGUAGAGACCGGACUGAGCAGCCUGAUCGGUUCUGACCCGAUCUGACCCAUUCCCAGUGAUUCAUCAGAGCGUUACGCGAGCGGCGCCGGCGCGGCCCGGUUCAUCUGCUGCAGCAGAUGGUCCCGGGUCGGGGAGGGGAGAGGAGCAUUUAAUCCGGUCAGAGGUUCUGGUUCCACUCAGCAGAACCGCUCGGCGCCAGAACAGAACUGAGCUCCAGCUGCAGAAUCUCCAGAACCUCCGUCUACAGAACCGGUUCCAUCUCUGAGGAAUGUUUAGCUGGAACCGAAUAUCGGACCGAUUCUGAACUGCUGGAUCCAUUUGGAUCAGAACUGGUUCUGAAUUGCAGAGGUGUAGAGUUUCUGCCACCUGAAACUGCUGGUUCUGGUUCUGGUUACCUGCAGCAAGGACAAGGUCCGACUGUCUUAUCAGUUCUGGAGAACCGCUGCGUCAGUCAGGGCGGGUCCGGGUCAAAGGUCAAACAGAUGGAGCAGGUGAGCUGGAGCUCAGAACCCGGUCGGUUCCGGUGGAUGCAGCAGCUGGAUCCAAACAGAACCGCCUGUUUCUGAUCCAGACCAGACGGAACCCGGCCGGCAGACAUGUACGUCCUGUGCACCCUGGCCGUCCUCGCGUUCCACAGCCUUCUCAGGAAGUGGGUCAGUACCGGGCCGGACAGAACCUCUCAGGCUGCAGGGACGGAAAAGAAGGUUCUGGAGGAUGGAGUCGGGUUGGCGGGCCGAGGGAGGACCGGAGGGACGGAGAUGCUGUCCUCCAACAGGAGACGGGUCCAGCCGGUCCAGCGGUCCAGCGCUCUGCUCGGCCCGGCGGUCAUGUUUGGAACCAGACAGAGUUGGGACAUCGCUCACGCCCCCUGCCUGCAGGAGCUCUGGAAGAAAGACCUCUCAUUGGACGCCAGCUCAGUGGACUUCCUGAUGAGUGAUGGUGAAGACGACGGUUCCUUCCUGUCUCUGCCUGCCGCCGCCUUCUCACAGCGCCCCCCUCUGACCGCGGAGCUCAACGCCAGCUCGUCCCACCAGCUGCUCAUCCAGACUCUGCAGGACAAGGUGUGUGAGCUUCAGGCCCGUUUCGGCUCGGAGGAGGUUUCCUGCCAGCAGACGGGGGGCGGAGCUUGGGCGCAGGGGGAGGAGCCUCUGCUGCCCACAGGUGUGAAGCCGAAUCCGGACCGUUUCAGCCGACCCAAAGAGGAGCAGCUCGUCUCUCGGCUGCACACACAGGUGGCGGCGCUGGAGCAGAAGCUGCUGGAUCGGACUCAGGAGGUGGAGAGACUGCGCUCGGAACUGGGGGCGACAGACCUGGAGAAGCAGCUGGAGCGGCUGCUGGUGGAGAACGAGCGUCUGAAACAGGAGCUGAAGUCACGCAGGAGCUCAGAGCUUCAGCCUGACGCGGCGGCGGACGGCUGCAGCCGCUGUGGCCAUGCUCAGGAGGCGGAGGCGCUGCGGCGGGAGGCGGCGUCCUGGGAAAGCCGGGCGCGACAGCGGGAGCAGCGGCUGGCCGAGCUGCAGCAGGAGCUGCAGGAGAGCAGCUGCAGGGUGGAGGUGCUGCAGCUGCAGCUGGACGACAGCAGGAGGCGCCGCAGCGACGGAGAGCAGAAACUGCAUCUGCGACUGCAGGAGUGUGAGGAAGAGCUGGCCAGACAGGCGGCGGCGCCCCCUAGAGUCAAGGUGGUGACCCAGAUGGUGCAGGUGGAGUCGGCGGACUCACAGAAGGUGCUGGUGGAGCUGCAGGUGAAGAACGGGGCGCUGCAGGAACAGCUGUCGCUGCAGAGGCAGCUGCUGCGGGAGCUGGAGGCGCAGCUCCACGACUCGCAGCGCACCUGCACUCAGCUCCGGACUCAGCUGCGCCUCUGUGGCCUUUUAUCCACGACUGUCAGCAACGCAAAGAGCCGAUUGGAUCCCGGGUUGUCCAAGAUCCACGUCUACGAGGGCGAGAUGCAGCGAGCGCAGGGCCAGCUGGAGGCCGACAUGCAGAGCCUGGAGGAGGAGAAGAACCGCCUGAUCGAGGAGGCCUUCAUCCGGGCCGAGAGCGAGAUGAAGGCCGUCCACCAGAACCUGGCAGGUGUGCGUCUGAACCUGCUCAGCCUGCAGCCGGCCCUGCGAACUUUGACCUCUGACUACAACUGCCUGAAGAAGCAGGUCCAGGAUUUCCCCUCAAUGCUGGAGAAAGCAAUCAGUGAGGCCAAGCAGGAGAUCUGCCAGGUGAUCGGCGACGUCAGCAGCACCAACCAGGAUCUGCUCAGGAAGUACAAGAGGGAGAUGAACCUGAGGAAGAAAUGCCACAACGAGCUGGUCCGCCUCAAAGGUAACAUCCGGGUGUUCUGCCGGGUCCGACCCGUCAGCCAGGAGGAACUGGACUCGACCGACGCGGGAACGGCGCUGAGCUUCGACUCGGACGACGACGCCGUCCUCUACCUGUCCUCCAGGGGAAAGGUCAUGACGUUUGAACUGGACAAGGUCUUCCCUCUGCAGGCCUCGCAGGAGGAGGUGUUCCAGGAAGUGCAGGCUCUGGUCACUUCCUGUAUCGACGGCUUUAACGUCUGCAUCUUCGCGUACGGACAGACGGGAUCCGGGAAGACCUACACCAUGGAGGGCGUGACCUCUGACCCCGGCAUCAACCAGCGCGCGUUGCGCCUGCUGUUCGCUGAGGUGAGGGAGAAAAAUCUGGACUGGGAAUAUCGGAUCGUCGUCAACCUGGUGGAGAUUUACAACGAGACGCUGCGCGACCUGCUCAGGCAGAAUCCCACAGACAAACUGGACAUCAAGCUGAACCCGGACGGCAGCGGACAGCUCUACGUCCCCGGACUGACGGAGAUCGCGGUCCAGAGCCCCGAGGACAUCAACAGGGUGUUUGAGCUGGGCCGGGUGAACCGGGCCACGGCGUGCACCAACCUGAACGAACACAGCUCACGCUCCCACGCGCUGCUCAUCAUCACCGUGUCUGGGUUCAACACCACGACCGGAACCAGAACACAAGGGAAGCUGAACCUGGUGGACCUGGCUGGUUCGGAGCGGAUCGGGAAGUCCGGAGCGGAGGGCAGCCGGCUCCGGGAAGCGCAGUGCAUCAACAAGUCGCUGUCGGCGCUGGGUGAUGUCAUUAGCGCGCUGCGCAGCCGACACGCCCACGUCCCCUUCAGGAACUCGCGGCUCACCUACCUGCUGCAGGACUCUCUGAGCGGAGACGGCAAGACCCUGAUGAUGGUCCAGGUGUCUCCGUUGCCUGGCAACGUGAGCGAGUCGGUGUGUUCGCUGAAGUUCGCUCAGCGCGUUCGCAGCGUGGAGCUCAACUCUGCCGCUUCGUCCAAGAGACACGAGAACUCGUCCACGUCGUCCUCGCCCACGCACGACAGCCUAGAGCUGGACUCUCCCCCCGUCACGCCGGCGCCCCUCCCCAUCUCCCGGGCCAGCAGCGCCGGCUCCACGCUGUCCUCGGCCUCCAGGACGCCCAGCGGAUCCCGCAGGCGCUCCCAGUCGCAGCUGGCUGCAGGUCGGAGCGGACCCAGAGACGGAGCGCCUCCGCUGUCCGUCUGCCCCUCUUCCUCUGUUUCCUCAUUCUGUGCUCUGAUUGGUUGGUUUCCAGACAGAGCCGGCCCGUUGCUAGGAGACGGCGGGCAGGACGAUUGAAGCUGAACGCCUGAGAGACGCAGGACGUCCAGAACCGACAGUACUUCUGCUGGUGGACCGGACCUCACCGAAUCGGGCCAGAACUGCUGCUGGAGUGUGAGGACUUCUGACGAUGAAGAAGAGCAGACUCUUCCUCCUGAACUGAACGAACUGAACAGUUCCUCUCUAGAGAACUGAGUCCUCAGAAUUUCUUCUGUUGUUUUUGCACUUUACUCUGAGGUUGUUCCCCAGCAGCAGCGCCCCCCGCAUGGUUUUUAUUUAGUUGAACUUUGACCUGUAAAUGUUGUAAUCUGGUUGGAUCUUAUUCGAGUUUGGACUCUGGAGCGGUUCUGCUCCAGAACCGGCCAGGAUCCGGUCCGUCUGUUUUCUAAAUGUUUUUAUUAAACUUCCUGAAACUUU